AUGGCACCCUCUGCAAUGACUGACACAGAGUUCAUCCAGCUACCUGUUUACUCAAAACAUUCAAACCAGGUUACUGCCUCUGUCCUACACGGGCCUCGAGAUUUGCGACUAGAAGUCAGAAGUAUCGAGGCGCCUGACCUUGGUGAAUUACAGAUUGCCAUCAAAUCCACUGGCAUAUGUGGCUCAGAUGUCUCAUAUUAUAAAAAGUUCGCCAAUGGCGAUCUAUGUGCCUGCGCUCCUUUGUCCCUAGGGCACGAAUCGUCCGGGACGGUCGUGGCUGUCGGGCCCCAGGUGCAUGGAUUCAGAGUUGGCGAUCGCGUUGCCCUAGAGGUUGGAGUCCCUUGUGGCCAGUGUGGUAUCUGCCGAAAAGGCAGGUAUAAUCUAUGCAAAAAGAUGCGAUUCAGGAGUAGCGCCAAGAGUGUUCCUCACUUUCAGGGGACCCUUCAGGAGAGGAUAAAUCAUCCAGCAAUCUGGUGUCAUAAAUUACCAGACCAGGUUUCCUUCGAAGCCGCUGCCCUACUUGAACCACUUUCCGUCGCUAUUCAUGCUGUGAACCGUGCUACUCCGGCACCAGGCUCUACAGCUCUAGUCAUCGGUGCUGGAACUGUUGGACUCUUGACUGCUGCGAUGGCACGCCAAUCUGGUUGCACGUCUGUCACCAUUACCGAUGUAGACGCUGGCCGUGUCAAGUAUGCGUUAGAAAAAGGAUUCGCUACCCAUGGAUUUGUUGCUCCUAAUCCAUCAAAUCCCUCGUCUAACAACUCAAUAAACACAAAUUCCGGGAGCUCCACUCCCUUAGAUCCUGGCACUAUGACCCCAGCAAGUCUAUUUUCCAAUACUAUUCACGAUCAGCUCGAAAGUGCAAAAGGACUCGCAGCAGAAAUACUCUCUCUUACGAGGUCAGAUCUACAAAGCGAGACCGAAGACGAGGGCGUCGAUGUGACUUUCGAGUGUACUGGAAAGGAGGCUUGUAUGCAUACUAGCCUCUACGCAACCCGCCCGGGUGGUAAGGUGGUCAUGGUUGGCAUGGGUACGCCAAUUCAGACGCUCCCAAUGUCUGCCGCGCACCUGAGGGAAGUCGAUAUCCUCGGAAUAUUUCGAUAUGCGAACACAUACGGCACUGGUAUACGAUUACUAUCUGCCCAGGGACAGGGCGGAGCUGGUUUCACCCUACCAAGCCUCGACGACAUGGUGACCCAUCGAUUUAAAGGCCUCGGCGCUGCAAAGCAUGCAUUCGAACUUGCUAGCAGGACUAUGGAUGAUGACGGCAAUCUAGUACUGAAGGUCGUUAUCGAGGCUUAA